GUUGAAGAGUUGAAGUGAAGUUGAAUUGAAACAGCUCCGGCUCCAGGACCAACGGCACACUUCUACAAUUUUGUUCUUAUUAUCUAAAAAAAUAUGCCUUUCUUUCCGCAGCCAUAACCUCAUUUUCAUGUAAAAUUAUAUAAUGAAAAUUAUUUAUUUAUUAGUAUUAGUAAGCAGUGGCUGCUAAAAGCUGCUAUGCAAUGUGCUGUGUUACUUAGUAGAAAUAUAAUUCUGUUCAUUAGCACACUCAAAGUUGUUGCACCAAGGCCUAGUUCUAGUAGACUUGCAAGAAGAUUUGGUUCGGGAAACUUAACAUUUUCAGCCAAAAUGGAAACAAACCUAGAGAUAGAAUCUGCUUUUAGGGGACUAAUUGACACCAAUAAGAUUGUAAUUUUCAGCAAAACUACAUGUCCUUUUUGCAAAAAGGUCAAAAAUAUAUUCAAUCAAUUGCAAGAAAACUACCAUGCCCUGGAAUUAGAUAAUUAUCCAGCUGAGAAGACAUCUCAGAUGCAAGAUGUUCUGAAAGAUAUGACUGGUCAAAGAACCGUACCAAAUGUGUUUAUCAACAAGCAGCAUGUAGGAGGUUGUACUGAUACAGAGCAAGCGCUGGCCGAUGGUACACUUUUCGAUAGACUCGAAGGAACAUUCAAUACUUACGACUAUGACUACAUUGUCAUCGGAGGGGGAUCUGGAGGAUUAGCUUCUGCCAAGGAAGCAUCGUCGUACGGUCGCAAAGUGGCGUGUUGCGACCUAGUACUGCCUUCUCCCCAAGGGACUUCGUGGGGCUUGGGAGGAACUUGUGUCAAUGUGGGCUGCAUCCCCAAAAAACUUAUGCACAAGGCAGCGCUCAUGGGUGAAGAUAUUGAAGAUUCUGCAUACUUUGGCUGGACCACGGAUAAUAAAAGACAUUCGUGGGAGGAGAUGGUGACAAAUAUCCAAGACUACAUUAAGUCUCUCAACUUUAAAUAUAGAACUGAUUUGAAAAAAAAAGAAGUAACGUACUACAACGCAUAUGCCAAGUUCGUAGAUAAGCAUACACUUAAUCUGUACAACAAGGAAGGUAACUUUAUGAAGACUAUCACCGGUCAAAACUUCUUACUUGCCAUGGGUUGCCGUCCGGUUUAUCCUGACUUCCCCGGGGCUCGAGACCUCUGCAUAUCCUCGGACGAUGUCUUCUCCUUGAAAGAGCCUCCAGGCAAGACACUCAUCAUAGGAGCGUCCUACAUCGCAUUGGAAACCGCAGGCUUCUUAGUAGGGCUUGGCUUCGACGUCACAGUCAUGGUGAGGUCUAUUCUUUUGAGAGGAUUUGACCAAGAUAUUGCCAAUAAGAUUGGUGAAACCUUGGAAGCCCACGGAGUAAAGUUUGUCCCUAAACAUGUUCCUGAGUCAGUUACAAAAAAUGGCGAGAAUCUUCUGGUAAGAGCCAAAAGUCUCUCAGAUGGGUCUGAGUACAUUGACACAUUUAAAACGGUUUUCUUGGCCAUUGGAAGAGAGCCAUGCACAACAGGCAUAGGACUUGAAAACCUUAAUGUCAAGUUUCAAGAAAGUAGCACCAGAAUUGAAGUGAACGAAUUUAGUCAAACCAGUGUGAGGAACAUUUUUGCUGUCGGUGAUGUUGUUGAAGAGAAACUUCAGCUGACUCCAGUGGCCAUACAAGCUGGGAAACUGUUGGCUAAGAGGCUGUAUGGUAAAGGCAAGGCUCUUUUUGACUAUAACCAUGUGCCCACCACGGUGUUCACUCCAUUGGAGUACGGCUGUGUCGGGUACUCUGAAGAAGAUGCAAUGAAGAAGUUCCCAGACCAAAUUGAGGUUUACCACCUGCACUUCCAACCUCUAGAGUGGGAUCUGAACAAACGAAACAAGAACAAAUCCUACGGAAAACUCAUCUGUCUGAAAAGUGAACAGGAACGAGUGGUUGGUUUCCACUACCUUGGGCCCAAUGCUGGAGAAAUCACUCAAGGUUUUGCCCUUGCACUCAAACUGGGAGCCAAGAAGGACGACUUUAAUAAUCUGAUCGGGAUCCACCCUACUUGCGCUGAGAUCUUCACAACAAUGACGAUUACCAAAGCUUCAGGCAAACCUGCUGAAGCUGGUGGCUGCUGAGGUUAAAGUUAGCUGCUGGAAUCACUCAAGAAAUUCCAGUGGCAGCUGCCAUCUAACGGCUCCACGCAACUGAAUGAAUGGCGACUUGUAAAAUCAGAGAAGAGAGCUUGUUUAGUAAUUUAAUGUUUUUUCACAGUAUUUUUAGAAAUAGUUUAAUAAUUUGUAAACUCAGUAAAUCUGAGAUAAAUCCCCUGACAAGUUAAACCCAUCCUGUUAAAUAUAAUAUGACUACCAACAAUGAUUACUUCCAAUGAUAGUUAAACAGGUAUUUAAAAAGCAACUUAAAACUUGAGUAAUUUUUAAUUUCCUCAGUAAUCUAGCUGUUCUGACCCUUUGUAAAAAUAAAUUAUGGGCUCAAUUGAUUUUUCUAAAAUGUUAACUUUAACUGAAGAUAACUAAAAACCCCAAAGCUAAAAGAAACUCUUCCAGGCUCUCUAAAUUUGCAUAUUAAGUACUUAUGACAAAGUAUAUUUUCAUUUUGUGUGAUAUAUGUCGCCAUUCUAAUGAUCUAAUGCUACAGAAUAAUGAAGUAUGAUGGUUUUGGUGGGAAAGUCUCACAACUACCCCAUUACCUGAUGUUUGUCAUUAUUCACCUUUAAGCAAUAAUGAUCAAUGUUUGUAGUCUCUCUUGUUGCCUUAGGUACUAUUACUAUUGUGUUUGUAUUAGUGAAAUAGUUUGUUAGUCAAAGAAUAGCUUAUUUUUCUCUGGUGUUUGUGAAAAAAGUGAUAAAAGAGACUAAAGUGACUGUGAUUGAACCUCACUGCACGAUAUGGUGCAUCCUUAUUUUUCUAUCAGUGCAUAAAGUGUAAGAGUGUGAUAUUGUUAUAACCAAGCGAAUGUAUACUAUUUGUUGGAGGCUUUUUGAAGGCUAUCUGAAUAGUGUUGUUGAUGCAAGUAUUAUUGAUACAGUGAUUUUGCUACAAUUCCAAUUUUGCAGAAAAUUAUGAGUUAUGCCAAACAGUGUAAGGUUAUUAUAGAUUAUGCACCAAAGAUAAAGAAAGAACUGGUAUUACUGUAUUAGCUGGUAUUUAGUCCUUUUCCCCUCCACGUGGUAUUGACAUAAUAUUUUGGUAGGUUAUUAAUUUAUUACCAACCUACUUGUUUUUCAUAUUUUUGUCAUAAUGAAUGUGUAGUGUGCUGAUGUUUUUUUACUGUUCAGUUGUCUCAUUUAUCAAUGCUAGGUGCAUUUAAAGCAAAAGAGAAAUAUAAGACUCCUCACUAAUCAGUUGACACACGUUUACACAAGCAAAAAUAAAUAAAAAUAUGCCCAUCAUCAAAAACCAAACAUCACCUUGUAUGUUCAGUAGGUAUACGAAGCAUCUCAACUAACCUUUGCUGUAUAAGCAAGUAGGUAAAGUCUGAAAUAGUGUGUGUUUUUUUAAUAAUGACUAUUUUUAACGAAAAGGUGCACCUUAUUUUGUAUUUGUUUUUUCUAUUGAAUUGCAAUUUUACACAUUUAACUGAGUGAAAUUCAAAAAAAGAUCAAACUUUAAGUCUUAACUUUUAACUUUUAUUUAAGUCUUGUUAGCAAUUUAAACUAUGUUUGAAGAUCUUUUAUUUCUAACUUUCUGUUAGUUAGUUGAAGGCAAAUCUAAUGUUCACGUUACUAUCGCUCAAAGAUGUAUCAGGGUUAUAAAUAACCUAUUAUUUUGUAUAACCUAUGUGAAUUAUAAUAGCAACAAGUGGUGAACACGUACCAUCAGCCUUUGAUGGGCAUGAUGACAAAUUAUACGACAUUCUAAGGGAAAUUGUUAUCUAUGUAAGGUUUUGUAGGAGUAAGAAAAUGUUAUACAAUCAUGUUACCAGCUUUCAUGUGAACUAGUUUUGGUUGUGGGUUGUUUUAUGAAAAUACAUUAUCA